UCAAGAUCAUACAAGAAAAAUCACCGCACUGUGAUCUCGCUGGUGACUGGAUCAAUUAUGGCGACGGACACCAAAGUUACCCUGAUUCCUUGGGAUCCGCAGUCCUUGACUCACCGACAGUGGCUUAUCAAGCAACGAGACGAGUGCGGUUGGGACCAGGACAAAGUUGAGGGUGUAUGGAGAGAGUCGCAGACGAAAGGAUAUAAGUGCAUUUAUUGGAUUGGAAAUGAAAAGCUGUGUGAUACAGCCGAAUCGAUCAACGGGGUAUCUCGAGAGGCUACCCAGAAAGAAUUCGUUCCUAUCGGACACAUAUCUUUAGACUCACGAAACCCAGGAGUAGAGAAAGUGGGCGUCACUAGCUCAGCUCCUGGCCUAUUUUGGAUUAAAACGUUUUUCGUGUCCGGAGCGUCUCAGAGCAAAGGCAUCGGCCGGGCGGCAAUGGAUGAGGUGGAGUCUAUGGCUGUUAGAGAGCCGUUGCUUGCGACGACACUUAUGCUCGAUGUUAUUCCGGGUGAAGACCAAAUGAGGGAGGAAUUUGCUCUCGCAACAUAUGGAAGUGUUCCCAAGGUAGGCGAAUUCCAGCUAUCGAAAUACCGUUUUGUUCAAUCUGACGUUUAUGGGCAGUUCACGACUGAGGAAUGGUACCUCCGCAGGGGUUAUAUCCCUUUCAAGACAGUGCAGAAUUUUUAUGAUGUGGUGGAUCGGAAUGGAAAGCCUUGGGAUAUGAAGACGAUCUUCAUGAAAAAAGAGAUCUAG